CCCCGCCGCCCGUUCCCCCCCAGCCCGGCCCGGCGGUAAGAUGGCGGCGGCGGAGUGCGAUGUGAUCAUGGCGGCGCCCGAGGGAGCCGGCGAGCCCGAGAGCGAGGAGGAGGCGCGGAGAGAAGCAGAAUCAUUCAAGGAACAAGGAAACGCAUACUACGCCAAGAAAGAUUACAACGAAGCGUACAACUACUACACAAAAGCCAUAGAUACCUGUCCCAACAAUGCCAGUUAUUACGGUAACAGAGCUGCCACCCUCAUGAUGUUGGGGAGAUUCCGAGAAGCACUGGGAGAUGCUCAGCAGUCUGUCAGAUUGGAUGAUAGCUUUGUACGGGGCCAUCUACGGGAAGGGAAGUGCCAUCUUUCCUUAGGGAAUGCCAUGGCUGCCAGCCGCUGCUUUCAACGAGUUUUAGAACUGGAUCAUAAGAAUACUCAGGCACAGCAAGAGCUAAAGAAUGCCAGUACCGUGCUAGAAUAUGAAAAAAUAGCUGAAGUGGAUUUUGAGAAACGGGAUUUCAGGAAGGUUGUAUUUUGCAUGGAUCGUGCUUUGGAGUUUGCUCCUGCUUGUCACCGAUUCAAAAUCCUCAAGGCCGAAUGUUUAGCACUGCUGGGUCGCUACCCAGAAGCACAGUCUGUAGCAAGUGACAUCUUACGAAUGGACUCUACAAAUGCAGAUGCUCUGUAUGUCCGUGGUCUCUGCCUUUAUUAUGAGGACUGUAUCGAGAAGGCAGUGCAGUUCUUUGUCCAGGCACUCAGAAUGGCUCCUGAUCAUGAGAAAGCGUGUCUUGCCUGCCGUAAUGCCAAAGCACUUAAAGCAAAGAAAGAAGACGGGAAUAAAGCAUUUAAAGAAGGAAACUACAAACUAGCAUAUGAACUGUAUACAGAAGCACUAGGAAUAGAUCCAAAUAACAUAAAAACAAAUGCCAAACUCUACUGCAACCGGGGGACAGUUAAUUCAAAGCUUAGGAAACUUGAAGAAGCAAUAGAUGACUGCACGAAUGCAGUAAAACUGGAUGACACAUAUAUCAAAGCAUACUUGAGGAGAGCACAAUGUUACAUGGACACAGAGCAAUAUGAAGAUGCUGUAAGAGACUAUGAAAAAGUAUAUCAGACAGAAAAAACAAAAGAACACAAGCAACUUCUAAAGAAUGCACAGGUGGAACUGAAAAAGAGCAAACGGAAAGACUACUAUAAAAUCCUUGGGGUUGACAAAAAUGCCUCUGAAGAUGAGAUCAAGAAGGCUUACAGGAAAAGAGCACUAAUGCAUCAUCCAGACCGACACAGUGGGGCAAGUGCAGAAGUACAGAAGGAAGAGGAGAAGAAAUUUAAGGAGGUUGGUGAAGCAUUUACCAUCCUGUCAGAUCCCAAGAAGAAGGCCCGCUAUGAUAGUGGCCAAGAUCUAGAAGAGGAUGGAUUGAAUAUGGGUGACUUCGAUGCAAAUAAUAUCUUUAAGGCCUUCUUCGGUGGGCCAGGUGGCUUCAGUUUUGAAGCUUCUGGGCCUGGAAAUUUCUUUUUCCAGUUUGGCUAAAAACAAACAGACACACAUACCUGAUCUGCUUAUUUUAGCCUUGAAUACGGACAUACUUUAGACUCCUUCCUUCAUCAUGUCUCAUUGUACUUAGAGCAGUUUCAUUUUUCUCGGUUGGAGACCUCUGUUUUGUGUGCUUUUGUGUGUGAAGAGGAAACCAGCUCGGGGAGGGGAAGGCUUGUGAAUUUUGUUUUACUGUUAACUUUAUUAAACAAAAUAAAGCUUUGAAUCUUUUGGUCCCUCCAUGCUGGCCCGUACUUUCAGACUGUUCCUGCUCCUCAGCAGAGAGGAUUUCCCUGAAGUCCUCCUGGAAUCUUGCCGUGCGAGAGGGUGAAGUAAUCUCCUGUUUUGUUUUGGUUGGCUCCAAAGUGCGAUAUGGCAGCAUGUCUAGGGUUUGUAGUAACUUGUAAGUUAUCUUAAUCUUCUGAAAAUGUUGCCAAGAUUCAAUCAAACUUCAUACAAUUGCAUUUUACUUGACAGAUGUCUUUUAUUUUUUUUCUGCCAUGGUUCUACCAGAACGGUACACUUGGGCAUUAACUUAAUCGAUAAUGUGUGAGCUUAAAAAUUUUGUAUCAGAGAGAAAUGCUUCUUUGGGUUUAAAAGAGCAGCUUAUGUGAGAAUUCCCUGUGAUGCAGCUCGAGUUAAGGGCUUUGUGUUUCCACUCCAUGAAUUGUCCUUUUUAAGGGAAUGUUGAAUUUGCUCUGGGCUGAAUUUUUUCACCGUAUGUUUUUUAAUUAAUCUACUUGAACAUUUAAUAUCUGUGCUAAACUUGAUUUUCUUGGGUUUAAACUCCGUUUGAUUUUUGUGUUACUGAUCCGUAACGUGGAUGAGCUCUUUUUAGCUUUGAAGAAAUGCAACAUAAUAUUCAGGUUAUUAAUUGAAAAUGGUUACUGUGUGCGUGCAGCAGUGUGUUCUCAUAAUGUUUACAAGAACUGUACAAAUAUGUUAAACUAGUCAAGUAGUUUUCAAAUAGAAGUAAUUUACUAGUCCAAAGAAGCAAGAAAAUGCAAAGUCAAACUCUGAACUGACGGUCUGUCGCUUGCUUCUCUUGCACAAUGUCAGGACAAGUGCUGGAGUGAUGAGCUUAAAGCCCGGAGCUGCGUGCAGCUGCACCACCUCGAAUUGGAAAUGGAUUUGGUUCAGUGGCACUGCCAGUUAACGUGAAUGCUCUCCUAUUUUUCACCAUAAAUGUAGUGUUACAGCAAGACCUCAGCUGAGAGAGGACUGCUUCCAGAAUUCUGCCCGGUUUUCUAGAAAGUGAAGAAUCUUGUCUUCAGAGGUGCUGUGGUCAAGUUGAACGCUCUCUCUGAAGCAGUUCUGGAGCACAGCGCGUGGCGUGGUCUGACCGCUUCAGGCAGCCUUGCUCAGAAGUUGGGCUUUGAAAGAAAGUGUGUUGGCACUCCCCAGCAGCAGCGUGAAGGGGCAGAGGCUCAGAAGCGUUGUUGUAUCCAGAGUUUCCUUAAACUGACCUGCAGUAGUGUAGUGACAUUUGUAGAGCUGAAUUUUGCUUGGGUGAGAAAACGUGUGUGUAGAAAUCCAUGCAAGGCUUUUUCCUAGAGAAACCUGACACUAACUUUUAUAUAUCUGACUUAUCUUCUGACUGCAGGAACAAAAAUUGCAAUGACUUCAUUGCACAAAGCGCUUACCUUGAACGCUGACAUCUUUGUCUUCCUUCCAGUUGAGGGCUGUACUUGUCCUGUCUAGUUGGACGGAGUUGCUAGACCGCAAUGCAAGUGAACUUCAUUUCCACGAGUCGCAAUAGUGCCGUGGUGCUGCUGCUGAGUCCUGCAGUCCUGUGGUUUCUGGUUUGUCAGAACUUUUGACAAUCCGCUUUCAUAGAGGGAAGAUUUAAGGGCUUAAAUUCUAGUACUGCAGAAUAAAGGAAGCAUUUUAUAACUCACUCAAAAGUCAGCUUUUAAAAUGAGCCAGCGUUAAGUAAUGGUUCCAAAAAUAGACUCUGCAACGUUUAUUCAAACUUCCUUUGCAUCAGUGUAAUGUGAUGGACUCACCCGGAUUGCACUGAGGGCAAAAUAAGGUCCUAGCAUUUUUCAGGCUCUGGAACGGUAAAUACCUGGGGAACUAAAAUCCUGGUCUAUGCACAUUGAGACUUCUCCGGUUCUCAUGGCACUUGUAAAUCAGAGUUUACAGGAGUUAUUUUAGUGUGGCAUUCCGGAUUCAUAACGUGUCGUCCUGUGUGUGUCGAUAAUCACUGUACAGUUUGGACUUCUCUCGGUCCUCUGUCACCAUGCAGAGAUGCGUACUGCGUUUGUCCGUGUGGUUUUUAUUAUUUCAGCCUCCCCCCCCCCCCCCCAGCUGAGUAUGACAGGCUUUCUUCUCUCCAGGUUGUGAGUGAGACCGUUCCUCGGAGGACGGAAAUGGAAUGGCUUUUCUGAGAGAGGAAACGCGUACAACAGAUAUUUAUGAAACUGUACCCGAAUGCAUGACUUAAAGUAGUUUAAUAUUAACGUGGCGAGUGCCAAGACUUUUCCAAGAGGCGCUGUUGCGUGAUGAAAGCUGAAGGCCAACACGUGCUUUUGCAUAAACUUUUGCACAGUGCGUUGGGGUCUGACGGGCGUUCGGUGCCUAUCCCCUUACCUCAGGACAGCAGCAGAGCGUGGAGGUAGAGGUGCGCCGGCGUUGUAGCCUCCGUCUUGUCUGAGCACGGCUGGGAGACGCGGGACUGUUUGUUUCAGGAAAAUCCGCGUGGCUGUGCGCUGCUGGAAACGUGGCCUUUCAUACCCGGUAGUUACAGAGCGUGUCGUGGGUCGUGCAUAGCCACAGGGAACCUCGGUGCCACUCUUCCAGCUGCUACCAUUCUGCAGAGCUCCCCGCCUUCCUUUGGCUCGAUAGCGGCUACCAGGCAUAGGAACUUGCCACAGAGAUCAUUAAUAAAUACCUUAAGACGAUAAUUACGCUUCUGCUUUUUCUAGAGUGAUAAGGAGCUAACGUCGGUGUCAGCCGUGAAACGCACGCGCAGGGGGAUGCGUGCACGGCGAGCCUUGCUUAGCGGUGAGCUCUUCCCUUUGGAGACUGGGGGGGCACCACGGGACCGCCGCACGUGCAAGAAGCUGCUGGCAAAGCCCCCCUUUUAAAUGAGGAAGGGGCUUCGUGGAGGUCAGUCCUCGUAGUUACCGAUAGGUUGGCUUUUUGGUGUUACAAGAGGAGCCUUAAUAAUCAACGUGGAAACGUACCAAAAGGUGCCCCCGGCCUGUUUCCCAUGCACGGGGGCUGUUCCCUGCCCUACCCAUCGCCUGCAGAGCAGCUGCUGAGCAUCUUUAGCGUUGUCUCGUGCGUCUGCCCCUCAGGCCUCAGCUCCUGCGUUUUGGAAAGGGAACAGUUGGUGCUGUACCAGUGCCCGCUGAUGGGGAAUUACCCCAGGGGGGAGCAGAGGUGACGUGGCUGAAAGGCAGGCCGGGUCGGUGCUUCAGGGAGGGUCUUCGAUGAGACGCGAUGAAGGUGAUGGCUGUUGAGCAGCUCGAGAACUGACGGUGCCAUUGUUGUCGGUGAAAGAUGUAAAGCACAGGAAAAAUGGGUGCAGGAGGAGUCCCUCGGCGGGCUGAGCUGCGUGAAGUGAGGCUGGGCGAGGCUGCGACGGGAGCAUUACCAGGCAGAUGAGGAGUGUUGGGCGAUUACCCUCCCUUUACUUCUGUCUCCAUCAUGAUCUUGUGGUGUCUGAGCUGCCGUGGGGCUGGUUUCAAAGUGCAGCUGCAUUCAAAUGAAAAUGGAAGCAGUUUCAUGCUUGAAAAAUUAAAAAAAAAAGUGUCGGUAAUGUUCGUGUUCGGGAGAUACUUGCAUGUACAGUGAUCUGACCUCUAGACCACAAAGCCUGGUGUGUUUUUGUUUCUUUCUUGUGCGGAUUUACUUUCCAAACCUGAUGCUGUUUCAGCUCCACCUUUCGCAGGGAGUGUUGCAAGUCCUUUCCAGGCUCGCUGAACCUGGACUUGAAAUCAGCUCUAAAGACCAUUUAAGAUGCUUCUGGCUGCCCGUUUUGACAGGCUUUUCUAAUUGUUUCUGCUAUACGUACACAUAGGAAAGUACAUGGUUGUUUGUUUUCUUUUUUGUGAACUUGGAAAUGUUGCUCUAAAGCUGGAUCCUGUGCUCUAAAGGCUUCUGACUGUUUUGUAAAUACUUGCAUUAAUGCAAACUGGAUGGGGAAGAAUGGUUUAGGGCCAACAGCAUUAAUUAGCGGUGGGAUAUUGUAAGUCCCUCGGAGCUUUCUGUAUCUGACUGGGAUAUGGAGUGAAAGCACCCGUGCUGUUGUGUCGUUUCCGAUACGGAAACUGCCGCCUGCGAGCUCUGGCCUCUGAGCCAACCUCGCGUCUGGUGGCUGCGCUCGGCCAAAUCAGUCUUCAGCUAAUUGAAUGACCAAAGCAUUUGGACCACGCCGUGGCUUGCUUAUUCCUUCAAACUCACUUCCUCAGUUGAAUAACUAAAGAUGUUCGCUUCUCUUCAAGCGGAUGGCUUUCAUCCCGUUUAAAUUCGUGCCUUGUACCCUCCCCUCCCUUCCUUAGGGAAAAGGACAGCUCAUGGAUUGCACCUACUUGAGCCUCUCCAAGUGGUGCUGAGCCCCGUCGCGUUGUUACAGCCUAGGUCUGAAAGGUGACAGACUCAGCCAGAGCAGUUCUGUGACCCUCCUUUCCCCCAGAGGCCGUUCACAAGCAGCAGCUGCUGAAAUCUGGAGAAUUCCCUAUCGCUCACCAGGGCAGCAGGACCUGUGCGUGGCGUGGGAAGAUGAUGCAAAAUGCUUCGGCCUCCCUCAGCUUGCCCCGGCUGUCCCCAGUCCUGCAGUCAGGGACAGGGUUGUCCUUCCUUCCUGGAGCAGUGCUAGGCACGUUUUCUCUCUGGAAGAUCUGACCUCAGAUGGAAAGCUCUGGUGUGAGCUGUGAGUUAGGGCGCCGAGAUGCGGCACGGUCUGCAAAACAGCGUUACGGGGUUAGAGCUGGCGCGUUCAGGGGUGGCUCGGGAGUGCAGAACGUGGGGAGAGCUCGGACCCUGCCUCUGGCUGGCUCUGCAGUUUGCCUCCAGCUCCUGCAGAGCCAAUCUUACGUUGCUUACUCCAUCUUAGCCCCUGCUUUCACUUAAAAACUC